AUGGACCGAAACCUGCCGUACAUCGUCCAGAAAACCGAAUCUCCCGAUAUCAUCAGGGACGAAAUAGAGUCGACGACCAAAAAUAUCAAGAGUGACAGGUUUCCUGGCAGGGACGGCAUGAAACUAGUACAUAUCAUGCCAGGAGGAAUGAUCCUGUUCCACUCCCUUACCUUUCAUGCUGAUAUAGACAUCAAAAUAUCUGUCGAAGAAGUACCUGAAUGGAUGCCACCUUGUUCACACAAAGAACUAAACGAAAUCGAUAUUGCCACUUGGCUGAAAGAGGGGCCGUGUUUGACAGAUAAAGUUGAAGAACAAGUGGAAUUUUGCUCAGAAGACAUCGUAAAGGCAAUGUUCGAGGCGAAGGUACAGUCUGUUUUAUCAGAAAGGACGAUUUGAAC